AUUCCCACCAUUCAUCUUUGGGAUUUCAACACUCAUGCAAAUAUUCCUUUCUGAUUCAGCUGCGUCGCGCGGUCUCUCGUCGACUUCCUCCUCUUGCCUCUGCUUUUAGCCUGACACCCACUCACUGCCAUGUUUUGGAUCUUGUUUUCACCAAGAACUCCUCUGUCCUCCAGUUUCACUUCAGAAUAAAAACUCUGAAAGAUUCUGAAGUUUUAAGAGGGGGGAAAGGUGAUGCCAUGGCAGCUAUUCCAACACCACCAUUACCCACAGAAAAGCUACUGACCAGCCCAUUUAUGAAGAAGAUGAAUACACCAACUUUGCAAGAGGAUGCCAACGUGGCUGUCAUAGGAGCCGUCAUCGCUGUGGUUCUCGUCACUCUCCUUUCGGUCGUCGUGCUGAUCGUCGUUUACCUGUACAAGAACAAAGGCACCUACCGCACCUAUGAACAAGCUCCGCCAGAUCCAGAGGGGUCGGUCCAAAUGGAGGAUCUCCCGUGUAAAGGCGAGAAGGAAGAAUAUUUUAUAUAGCUGCCAGCGUGCUUUGGACACUGAGAUCUUAAGUAAACUGUUUAUUACGUUGUAAACUGUUUAUUACAUUUGACACCCAUUUUUGUCAAGGAAUUAAAAGCUGUAUUAUUUAUUUUA